CAGAAAUUGGGUUUUUGCCAUUCACGUGUAGGCGGGGCCAACAUUCUACGCGUCUCGAUUUUCAGCCAAUCACGAGGAGGCACUGCUGGCUGCCUUUAUAAAACACGUUGGCGCUACUUGGAAGCUCAGUCUAUUUUGGAGACCUUUGCCUCCCUGUUGCCUACCACGUAUUCAUAUAAAUAUAUGUGGAAAAAAGGAUUGUUUUUUUCCAUUGACGCGAAGAAGUCAUUUUGCUACGAGUUUCGAAAGACUUGAACGGCGAACAUUCAGUGACAACUACAGGACAACAACAGCGGGAAACAAACAUGCGUUUGAUCCACAGCAUGACGACCAUCGCGGAGUGCUCAACACCGGACUACUCGCUGCCUAACCGGGCAAUUAAAAUAGCCGUGCUAGGGGCAGGCGGAGUGGGCAAAACUGCGCUCGUUGUGCGGUUCUUGACGAGGAGAUUCAUUGGAGACUACGAGAGGAAUGCUGGUAACCUGUACUCCAGAGAGGUCCAGGUCGAUGGCGAGCAAGUCACCCUCCAGGUUCAAGACACGCCUGGGGCUGAGAUGAGCGACAACGGCACGCUCCUCCCCGACCACGUUUCGUGCUCCCUGCACUGGGCCGAUGCCGUGGUGCUGGUGUACUCUGUCACGGACCGCCGCAGCUUCGAACUCGUCCCGCAGCUGCAUCAAACCGUGUCGCGUUGCGCUACCGGCGGCGGAGGGGCGCCACCUGUGGUCCUGCUGGCCAACAAGGCGGACCUGCUCCACCUGCGCAGCGUGGACCAUGAGCAGGGCCCCCUGCUGGCCGCCACGCUGGGCUGCGCCUUUUACGAGGUGUCAGCCAGCGAGGACUACAGCCAGGUACACGGGGCGUUCCACCGGCUGUGCUGCCAGCUAGCCAAGCAGCGGCCGCCGCUCCCGCCGUCUCCGCCCGCGCCCGCUGAGAAAAGGCGCCCCAAGUCGCCCAACGUGCAGGACCUGAAGAGACGCUUCAAGCAGGCGCUCUCCGCAAAGGUCCGUACGGUCACGUCAGUGUGAGGCCGCCUUCUUCUUCGCGGCGGAUUUUUUUUCCUCCAUUUUUUGGUUCUCGGAGAAGAUGCUUCUCAAGUGACGUCCUGAAGGAGGGUGACCACGAAGAGCGUGAGAGGCUCUUCUUCUUUUGCCUCAAGUGGUGGACGUUCCCUCCAGACCGUUCCGCCGCAGUACACGUCCCAGGCGGGACACAAGAUGGCGGGGUGGAGCACGGCAGCGUUGAUGCACUUUAAAAACACUGUUGAUUCAACAACCAAUGUUUUGGGGGUUUUUUUGUGUGCGGUUUGCUAUUUGUUGGUGGUGGCGGUGGUGGUAUUUAUUUGUUGACGAUAAACACGGUUUGUGUUCACAAUAAAAGGAUGAAGUCCA